UCUGGUCUAUACUUCCGUCAAUAAUAUUUGGCGCCAAUAUUUCAGGCUUGUGUUUGUUUAACUUACUGCGAAGCACAACCUCGGUUAUUAACAAAAUGAGUCUUUGGGUGGACAAAUAUCGGCCAACAUCUCUCAAUAAGCUCGACUACCACAAAGAUCAAGCAAAACUUCUGAAAAGGCUUGUGAAUCAUGGUGAUUUCCCUCAUCUGCUUGUGUAUGGACCCUCGGGUGCUGGUAAGAAAACCAGGGUAAUGGCACUGCUGAAAGAACUCUAUGGAAGUGGUGUAGAAAAACUUACCAACCGACCAUAUUCUUUCGUAACACCGUCAAAGAAAAAACUAGACAUUAUGACAAUUUCAAGUAAUUAUCACAUAGAGGUAAAUCCCAGUGAUGUUGGUGUACAGGACCGUGUUGUGAUCCAAGAACUGAUCAAGUCAAUUGCUGAGGUCAAUCAGUUAGAUAUAAAUUCUCAACGGGAUUUCAAAGUUGUUAUCCUCACUGAAGUUGACCGUUUAACAAAAGAUGCCCAACACGCUCUCCGAAGAACAAUGGAAAAAUAUAUGGCCACUUGUCGGAUCAUCCUUAUCUGUAAUUCCUCAAGUAAAGUUAUUCCUGCCAUAAAAAGCCGUUGUCUUGGAAUCCGGGUACCAGCACCUUCUGUUGAUGAGAUCUGCCAAGUUUUGCAGACAGUAUGCAAGAAAGAAGGCCUCACGUUACCAAUAGAACUUGCCAAAAAGAUAUCACUGGUCAGCGAGAGGAACAUGAGAAGGGCUCUUCUUAUGUGUGAAGCCUGUAAAGUCCAACAGUAUCCAUUCAGCGUUGAUCAAGAAGUAACUGAACCAGACUGGAAGCUUUAUCUGCAAGAAACAGCUGGAUUGAUGGUACAACAACAGAGUCCACAGAGGCUUUUAGAGAUCCGGGCUCGUCUCUAUGAACUCCUUACUCAUUGUAUACCCCCUGAUAUAAUUAUGAAGGGUCUCCUACAGGAGUUAAUCACCAACUGUGAUGGUCAACUCAAAGCGGAAGUUGUCAAAUCAGCUGCUUAUUAUGAACACCGACUGCAACUUGGACAGAAAGCUAUCUUCCAUCUUGAGGCCUUUGUGGCCAAAUUCAUGGCCAUCUAUAAGCGAUUCAUUGAAGAAGGAAUUGCUGAGCUUUUUUAAAUUGUACCCUUUUUUUUUUCUGUAAAAAUAAAACUGAAUAAAAUAUAC